AUGGCAUCACUGUUUUCCGUUCAUAAUGGCUUUUCUACCCUUUUUUGGGAAGCCACUUGGUUGAAUGAUCUCCCUUUGAAAGAAGUGUUCCCGGAUUUAUACGAUAUUUCGCGUUUAAAGUAUGUUUCGGUGGCGGCUAUGGGUGGUUGGAAGGAAGGAAUGUGGGUGUGGGGAGAUUUUGGCUUGUCGGCAAGGGAGGUGGAAGUUUUAUGCUUGGAGGCGGUUUAUGAGGAGUUUAUUGGGUGGUUGGAGGAUUUUGUAGAUUGGAAGGAGGGAAGGGAUUCCGUUGAGUGGAAGGAUUCCGAGGAGAAGGUUUUUACGGUUGCUUCUUGCUACAAUUUCUAUAACAAUCUUCGUCUUCAUUAUGGCCCCGCUAAUAGGAACGACGAGGCUUUUGAAUUGUUGUGGAAAUUGGAUGUUCCGUUUAAAAUCAAGGCUUUCGGGUGGAGACUUUUUCGCGAUAGGCUUCCGGUGAAAGAAUUGUUGAAGAACCGAGGUAUUCCUAUUCCUUUGGAUGAUUUAAAUUGCUCUUUUUGUGAUAAUUCGUUGGAAUCUAGUUCCCACUUAUUUUUUAGUUGUUUGGUGGUGAAAAAUAUUUGGAGUGAGAUAGCUAAUUGGGUUGGUAAAGGGGAUAGAGUAGAUGUCGAGUGUUUGUCGAAUUUUAUGGAUUGGCACUUGUUCUUUAGAAGUAAAAAAGUUAAAGUUAGGAAGUUAGGUGUGGUUUGGCUUGCCACCACUUGGAUUAUUUGGUUAGUAAGGAAUGGAGCUUGUUUUCGGAAGGAUGAAUGGAACGUGAAUAAUACCGUGUGGAAUAUUAAGCAUUUGGUUUGGAGGUGGUCUUUUUGCGGGAAAAUUACUCAUCCCAAUUAUUCUCUCUACGAGUUUUGCAAGGAUCCUUUGCAUUUUUUGUCGUAG